AUGGCUCAACGGGAAUCCCCAUCUUUCAGUCCCGAAUCCAUCGCCUCCCUUAACUACACGAGAUACUACGCGAAUGGGCCCUCGGGCCACACCAUGCAUGGGUCCAUGUUUCCCGGACUGAAAAAGAGGGGUCAUAACCUCGGGAGCCGGUCAUGGAUUCUGAUCGACCCUAACGGGAAUUCGAAAAUUGUGGAGCUGGAUAAAUUUACCGUGAUGAGACGUUGCUCGUUGCCUUCAAGAGACCUAAGGCUUCUGGACCCUUUGUUUAUAAAUCCCUCGACAAUAUUAGGUCGUGAGAAGGCAAUUGUUGUGAGUCUCGAGCAGAUUAGGUGUAUAAUAACAGCUGACGAGGUUAUGUUGAAGAACUCACUGGACGGGUCCGUGCAACAGUACAAAUCCGAACUGUGCAAGCGUCUUGAAUCGUGUAAAGAUCAGUAUGAUGAUCUACCUUUCGAGUUCAGGGCAUUGGAGCUUGCAUUGGAGCUUACAUGUAUGUCUCUUGAUGCUCAGGUGAAAGAAUUAGAAUUAGAGAUACAUCCUGUGCUCGAUGAGUUGGCAUCAUCAAUAAGCACUCUCAAUUUAGAGCGUGUACGUAGAUUCAAAGGCCACCUCCUCACAUUGACUCAGCGUGUACAAAAGGUUUGUGACGAAAUCGAGCAUCUGAUGGACGACGAUGGUGACAUGGCGGAGAUGUACUUAACCGAGAAAAAGGAAAAACGAGACAACCUCACGAAUAGUGAUUCAUCUGAUCACGUCAAUGCUUCAGAGCAUAUUAAGGCUCCUGUGUCUAAAUCUGCACCUGUUUCGCCUGUGGGGUCGAGCAGUGGCAUUCACAAGCUGCAGAGGGCCUUCAGCAGUAUGAGUUCCAGUAAACAUGGCAGCUUCUUAAGUUCGUCUAGCGGCCAAGAAAACAUCGAUCAACUCGAGAUGCUACUCGAGGCCUACUUUGUCGUCAUUGACAACACGCUCAACAAGUUGCUAUCGCUGAAAGAGUAUAUCGAGGAUACCGAGGAUUUAAUCAACAUCAAACUGGGAAAUGUUCAAAACCAGCUGAUCCAGUUCGAGCUACUUCUUACUGCUGCUACAUUUGUGACUACUGUGUUUGCCGUUGUGACUGCCGUUUUUGGCAUGAACUUUGAGGACACAAUAUUCGACAAGCCGUCUACAUUUAAUUGGGUACUUAUCAUUACUGGUGUUUUUUGUGGGAUCUUGUACUCUGCCUUUUUGAUCUAUUUCAAGCACAAAAAGGUAAUUCCUUUGUAA